AUGGCUGCUGAUUUUGCCGAUGAGGAGUCCGUUAGAGAGGAUGAGAACGAUUACGAUGUUAUAAUUAUAGGAGCAGGUUUAGCUGGUCUUACGUGCGCAUAUAACAUUCUGAGAAAAGAAACUGGGUUAGAUGUAUUAGUCAUCGAAGCAAAUACUGUAAGAGACCUCAACAACGUCUCAGCACUUUGGUUUUUCGUUAUGCUGAACGGAGCAUCAGGUUUUUUAAAUCGAUUGAAAAUUAUGAUAGGUGAUAGUAAUCGAUAUUUCGUACAAGAUGGUAUGUGUACGAUUACGCAUACACUGUUAAAGAAUAUUUUACGACAGCAUGGAGAAAUAAGAUGCAUAGAGCCAGUUAGUAAAAUUACGUUCAAUGAUGAUCGAGCUUAUGUGUCUACGACGAGGAAUUACUUCAGAUGCGAAUUCGUAGUUAUUGCGAUACCUCCAUCAAUGCAGAGCAGUAUCAUUAUCGAACCAUCUCUCUCCUCAAUAAAUAUCGAAACAUUGUACACACCGGCAGAAAAUGUGUUUUUCAAUGUGUUUUAUAAAAAACCAUUUUGGAGAUCUAAUUCUACAAAGGAUAUUAUCACCACUUGGGAUUCUAGUAACAAUUCAAACAUCAUUUACGAUGCAACUCUAGGCAACACGGAAGGAAUCGUGUUCGCUGGGUUUCUUGCCGAACCUAAUCUCGAACAAACACAUAAGAGAGGACUGUUUGACACGUUGGAAGAUUGUUACGAAACUGUCGAAGCAUCGAGAUUUUUACGAUACAAAGAAUACGAUCAGUCGUUGAUAAAUGACGAAAUGAAACCUGGUUGCCCUAUGAGUGUCCUGAAGCCCAUUUCCAUUCAGGAUUAUAUUAAUCAUACAGAAGCUUCUUACGAAAGGUACGAGGAUGCUUUUAGGUAUCAACGUAAUCAAAGAUGA